CCGCCCCCGCGCCCGGCUGCCCGACUCCCGCGGCGGCCCCGGCGGCGCCCCGCACCUUCGAGUGGAUGCGAGCGAAGCGGAGCCCGCCCGGGAGAAGCGGUGCGGCGCCGUGCGGGGGGGAACCUCCCGCCUGCUCCGCACGCACCAGCUUCAGCACCCGGCAGCUCACGGAGCUGGAGAAGGAGUUUCACUUCAGCCGGUACCUGUCGCGGGCCCGCCGCCUCGAGGUGGCCCGCUCGCUGCGCCUCCGCGACGCCCAGGUGAAGGUCUGGUUCCAGAACCGCCGCAUGAAGCAGAAGAAGCGGGAGCGGGAGGCGCUGGCCGCCCCCGCAGCCGUGCCCGCGGCUGUCCCGGGCGGCCCCGCCUGAGGCUCCGCCGCCCGCACGGAGGGGCCCGCGGGGACGCCGGGGCUGGGCUGGAAACUGCGGCCGGCGGGGCACCGGCUGUUCCUUCACCGGGACCGCGGCUGUGCAGUUCCGCUUUUUCUGUUGCAACUUUAUGUACAGUUUUAUUUAUGAGGAUUCAGGGAAAACCGCCGGCCCGGAGCGCCGCUGCUCGGUGUCGGACCGGGCCGAGGCAGCGGCGGGGUGCAGCUAGGAGUUAGCGGAGAGCGCCGCUUCCCCAAGGCAGGGCAGCGACCGGCUCUGCCAGCUCUCCUGGGUUCGGGAGGAGCUGGGUGCGUGGAGCGGCUGCCCCGUGCUCCCGACCCUUUCUUCGUUUUGCAUUUAAAAAGACAGAUCCAUGGGCUCAGGCAGCGUUGGUACAGAAGGGGAGAAACCCCGAGAAGGGAGAACAGGGAAAUUUCCUCUUACAGGAAGGGUCAGGGAUGGUCAUGGCAUGAAUCCAAGACCCCAUUUUGAAAGAAGUGUCCUUGUCUUCUGCCCUGCCCUUUGCAAAAUUGCUGCAAAAAAGAGGCUGGUUUUGCUUGUAUUUAUCAUUCAUUCAUUCAUUCAUUCAUUCAUUCAUUCAUUCAUUCAUUUCUUUUCCUGAUGUGACUGAUUUAGUAAAAAAUCUGGUUUUGACAGAAAAAACGGCAAGGUAAAAUUUAAAAAGAAAUAAAGUCUUAAGAGGAGCACCUCUUCCCUUUUGAGUUGCAGAGGUGCUGGGAUUUCUCUGGCAGCCCAGGACUGGCCAGUGGCCACUAUGCUGACUCCCAGCUCCCCUCUCAUGUCUGUAGACAAUAUAAAGCGUCUUACAGCAUCUAGGGCCGGAAUCAGUGCAUUUAGCCCUCUCAGUCUUCAUUGUAUCUCAUGGUUAAAAAAUUGAAUCAUUAUAAAUCUGUUUGGAACAAAUCUCACCACAUGCAAAACCUCAAGAUCUGUUGAAGCUCAGAAAGAUGCUUGGGUUUGACCAAAGACUAAUGCUGGCAAAAGGGAUGAGGAUUCCUGGGUCUUUUGCUUGGAUACUUGCACAAAAAAGAUUGGCAAUGUUCCCAUAGAUAAAAUAACAGUAUCAAAGCGGACAAAGGAACCAAGCUUAGACUUUUUUCCCAUUUGUGCAUGGGAAAGCAAAACAGCAAUGUGGAGAGGAAUGACAUCUGGAUUUACAUGAAGGUGAUUUUAUUUAUUUGUGGACAGGACUUUUAUUUUGGACAAGCCUCUUUCUGCCCUGGAUUUCUGCUGAGUGUUGGACUUUGGGGUGAAAAACCAAUUAUGGGACUAGGGGAGAGAGGCUUCAAGGGGGCCUGUGAAGUGCACUGGGUCCCUGUCUGGAAGCCAACCCCAGACACCAACAACAAUUUGUCUUUGUUGGAUGCUUGCUGGGUAAAACGAACACAGAGAGAAGAUGAAGAUGGAUGUCUCAAGUCAAAAAGUCUGCAACAAAGAAGAUUUUUACUCUGUGUAAUACUUUCCAUCCCCUCGGGUGCCCUUCUGCUUAAGGCUUUCUUCUGAAGACUUCUGCUGAGGGACUGGGAAGCCACUGCUGAUGGAAGCUUCAGCAGAGGUUGGUGGAAACCCUGGGAAACCACUCCCAAAAGCUGGGCAGGCAAGUUAUGAUGAUGUUGUGGCAACAAAUCCAUGGCUAAACGGGGCCAGGAGCCUCCUUGACAAGGAGAUGGAUGUUCCCCAUAGUGAACAUCUGAAGGAAGGGACUUCCCAAGACAGAAGGGUUUGGUCACACAUCAUAUCCUGACUGUACUGGCAAAGGACAAUGCUGCUAGAGGCUCACGGUUGUGCAUGCACACAGGCACAUUUUUAUUCUGUACAUAGAGUUAUGGUUCAUAUCCCUUGGGCUGCUUCACUUCAUGGCAUAACCCUAAAAAUUCCCAGGACUGAAGUACUCGUGUGAAACUAGCUGCAACCAAAAUGUGUGGUUUGCAGUUCUUCAUUAAAGUAAUGACACCAAACAAGUGUUUAUACUGCAGGCUGCUCAUUCAUUAAAAACCAGGA